GCGAGUUUCCAUAUGAUUAACUUGUUCCUGCUCUGCUUCCUCUGUGCUCCACUCAUGUGUCUCUCUUCUUCCAUCUCCGGUGGCUUCUCCAUAUUGAGAGACCAUGACAGCCUUCGAAAGUUUGCCUCAGAGGAACAAGUCUACGGACUUUUCCGAUUGUGGCAGAAGCAGCACCGACGGGUCUACCCAAACCCACAAGAAGAAGCAAAUAGAUUCCAGAUUUUCCAAAGCAACUUGAAGCACAUCAAUGAGAUGAAUGCCAAGAGAGAAUCUCCCUCGCAGUCCCGUCUUGGUCUGAACAAAUUUGCAGAUUUAAGUCCCGAGGAGUUCAGGGAAAUCUACCUGCACAACGUAAACAUGGCGCCCAACACUGCUACCAAGUUCAAGAAGGACGACUCCUGUGAUCAUGACGUGCCUGCUUCUCUAGAUUGGAGACAAAAAAAUGCUGUCACUUCAGUUAAAGACCAAGAAAACUGCAAAAGCGACUGGGCAUUCUCAGUGGUGGGAGCCAUAGAAGGGAUAAAUGCAAUAAACACGGGGAAGCUGAUCGAACUUUCAGCACAACAACUGGUGGACUGUGACCCAAAAAGCCAUGGUUGUGCGGGAGGAUUCUACUUCGACGCAUUUGGUUGGGUUAUAGAUAAUGGUGGCAUAGAUACAGCAGCUGAUUAUCCAUAUACAGCCACAAACGGUUCUUGCCAGCAAUGGAAAAAGGCUGUUAGUAUCAGUGCCUUGUCCUUUAUUGCAUUUGGCACAGACGAUGCAAUCUUGUGUGCCGUUGCUCAGCAGCCUGUCACCACCAGUGUGAAUGCCGUCGAUUUCCAAUUUUACACUGGCGGAAUCUAUGGAGGCGACAACUGCGAUAAGAAUUCGACGACAGCCACGUUGGUGGUGCUGAUCGUGGGAUACGGAACAGAGAAUGGGGAAGAUUACUGGAUAGUGAAGAACACAUGGGGACAAGACUGGGGAGAGAAAGGCUACAUAAGGAUCAAGAGGAACGCUGGGUGGCCUUAUGGCGUAUGUGCUCUUAAUUUUGCUGUUGGCUACCCAACGCAAAGCACCUCUUCUUCGUCAUCGUCAUCCACUUCCUAUGGGGCUGUCCUCCAGGCCUAGACUAACUAUGUUACUUCGUGGUACUUUUGUAUUAUGUGUAUGUCGUACGUAAGCCACGCUUCUGUGUUGCUGUGUCGGAGUUGGACAUGUUACUUACAUAGUCACGUGUCUUCUCUACUAAUAAAUAAUGUAUCCUUCGGCUCUGCAACUCUGUGGUGCGUCAGGUUGUUACUGAAUAAUAUUGAUGUUGUGCUGCG